AUGAUACAGAUUAUUAAAAACAUGGAUGAAUUUCAAACAUUUUUGAAAGCUGCUGGAUGCAAACUUGUGGUGGUUGAGUUUUCAGCAAAAUGGUGUGGUCCCUGCAAAAGAAUGUGUCCUCUUAUUCAGGCAAUGUCUCGGCAAUACCAAAAUGUAAUGUUUGCUAAUGUGGAUGUGGAUGAAUCUCAGGAUUUGGCCCAAACGUGUAACAUCAAAAUAAUACCCACAUUUCAGAUGUUCAAGAAAGCCCAAAAGGUAUGUUUCCAUGGUAACUGGCAGGGUUGAACUGGGUUAUAGGACGAUCAGAGUCUAAAAAAAAACACCUGGAGUACCCUGAA